AGGAAUAACCAAUAAUUUUGUAACCACAUGUUUUUCUCUCUUGCAGAGUCUACCCUUGUCGAGUAUAAACAGCACAACUGAAGCAGUUCUUGUGUGUUUGUGGUAGAAACUAGUCUGAUGAAAACCAAGUGAAGAGAUGUCAGCCCUGAGAAAAUACCUUUGAACGUAGGUGUAUUCAUUAAUUCUGCUUUUCAUGCACUGUUGAGAAAUAUCAAUGACUAAUCUCUUGAAUCCUGCAUGUGGGUGCAAGUGAAUUUGAUUUGAUUGGGAUUGCUCAACCUCAGGAUAGAGUUUUCUCCAAGCCAUUACCAAACCGAUGAAGACCCUCAGUACUUCACAACCUGCUUUCUUACUGCAUAUCUUCCUCCUCCCCUCACACUGCUGUAAAUUAAUGCAGCUGGAAAGACUUAUAGAACUUGCAGCCAGCAUAUUGAGAGGACCAGAUAAGAUGUAGACAUAAAGUCCACUGGAGGAGCUUCAACUGGACAGUGAACUGGCCUUUUGCACUGUACAACAUUCAAGUUCAUAGCCCCAUCUCCCUACCCUAGAUACUUCCCCAGCCGUCUCCUCCCAGAAUGUCUGCUUUUAUAAACAGCUGUUGUGGUGUCAGGCUCCAUUCGGACUGCACUGCAGUCCCAGAGGUGCCUGCGGGGCAGCUCCAGCUCCAGCUCCAGCAGGGAUCUGUUCAUGGCCAUGUUUCCAAUGUUUGUUUUCUUUGCCUUCUCUGUUUGUUCGGCCGUAGUCGUUCCUGUUCCUCCCCCACAGACUGUGCAACUGGGACACUUUCACACAUAUACUCCCACAGGAAAGCAUAUACUGUACAUUAUACAAACAUUUUUACUUCAGAAUGAAAAAAGGAUACUCACUGGCUUAUCGCGACUGUUUUUUUCUUUCUGUGCACAUUGUAUAAGCAUGCCAUUGAAGGUUUAUUGAGGUAAUAGUUGAAACUGUUUGUGUAUGACAAUACCGUUAAGUUGUAGUAGUAUUCAUUUUUUCUCCUGCCAGUAAACAAGCUUCAUGAUCACAUUUAUACAAAUGCAUAUAAAUGCAUAUAGAUUUUAAACACAUUGCAAACACACAUUUUCUGCUUAGCACCUGUAUCAUUGUCUCACCCACAGUGUUGAUGUUCCAAGAAGUGUGGGGUCGGAGCUUCUGCCGGACUAUUGAGAGACUGGUGGAGGUGGUGCAGGAAUACCCUACAGAGGUGGAGCACAUUUACAGCCCCUCCUGUGUGCCACUGGUGAGGUGCGCAGGUUGCUGCGGGGACGAGAAGCUGGAGUGCCAUCCAACCCACACCACCAACGUUACGAUGCAGCUGCUGAAAAUCAGGCCAGCAGAACCGGGUCAAGAAUAUGUUGAGAUGACAUUUGUGGAGCAUCAGACAUGUGAAUGUAGAGAAAGGAAACCUGUUGUGAAGGUUGAAAGGAAAAGGCAAAGAGCAAAAGGAAGGAGGAGAAAGGAGAAACAAAAACUGAAAGAAUGUGACAGGUGCCAGAUCCCACGCAGGUAACUGCGGUGGCAACCCAACCUCCUGUUGCAGUGUGGCUCACUAUUUAUUUCCAGCCCAGCGACAGUAUCAAGAGUCUUCUUCACUCCUCUAUCAACACUGUGCCAGAGACUCGAACAGCUGGGUUGUUUUGCUGACAUGCCCUCCUGCUGAUGGGCAGAGCGUCUGUAAUGACAAGGUUCAACAGAAAGUGUGUAUUGAUUGGUGAAAAGACUGCUGUCACACACUUGACACAAUGGACACCUGGGAGCCAGUGCAAUGUAGAACCAAACAAACUGAUGUCUUCUCUUUUAUACUAGCUAUUACUGUAUCAGGUAUUGUAAGUUGUUGAUUUCUUUGGUAUUUAAAGGUGGUUACUCAUGUUUAAUAUCUAUAUUUAUUGAUUCAUACAGAUAAUUAUAUUUGGACUUUAGAAAGUUUGUCACCCUUUGUUCAAAUAUUGCCUUGACUUGUAGUGGCAGCGUCUGAGUGUGCAGCUGUUCUCAACAUGCAAUAAUGAAAUGUCUCCCUCUAGUGUUUAUAGAAACAGAGUUCAGUCACUGUUUCAUACAAGACUAUUUUUUCUAUAUUGAAUACAUAAAUAAGAUUAGACAUGGGACAAUGUUGUCAC